CCCCCGGCGGGGCGGGGCGGGGCGGGCCGUGGCGCGCGGGGCUCUUCUGCUGCAGCGGCGCGGGGUCUGCCCGGGCAGAGUCCGGGAGCGGUCCCGAGGCCGCGGCGGAGCCGGGUGGAGCCCGGGGCUCGGAGGAGCAGCCAAGGGAGCAAAGAUUGGAUUAAGUAACUGCAUCCGGGGUGUGGGGAAAACGAAGAAGUCAUGAAGAAUUUGACCCAGGAGCAGGCCAAGCAUUAUUACCUAGCAUUUGGGACGGGCAACAGCCUCUGCCCUAUGAAUCAGAGAGAAGGGAAUGCUGCAAUGUGAUGGACUGAUCAGUUCCUUGUGCCAUGGCAGAGACUGGGGAAGAGGUGUCGGCAGAAGAGGUGUCAGCAGAGGCCUCAGGGUUCUCAGACUUGAGUGACUCAGAGUUUCUAGAGUAUCUGGACCUGGAAGAUACUCAAGAGUCAAGUGCUUCACUGAGCAAGCCUGGCCCUUCUUCUGAACUCCCUGGGAAGGAUGACAAGCUCAUAAGCUUACCAAAGUGGAAAAGAAGAUUGGAUGUCUCAUCACCUAUGGAGCGAUUCCACCUUAAAUACUUGUAUGUCACUGACCUGUCUACUCAGGACUGGUGUGAACAGCAAAUGGUAUAUGGGAAGGAGCUUCCUGGUUUCUUGGCUCCCGAGAAGGCAGCUGUUUUGGAUACCGGUGCCAGCAUCCACCUAGCUAGAGAACUAGAAGUUCAUGAUCUUGUGACUAUCCCCAUCACUACUAAAGAAGAUGCUUGGGCAGUGAAGUUUCUGAAUAUAUUAUCAAUGAUUCCUAUCUUGCAGUCACAAGGACGCAUCAGAGAGUUUCCAGUGUUUGGAGAAGUGGAGGGUGUGCUGCUUGUUGGAGUAAUUGAUGAGCUGCGCUAUACAGCCAAGGGAGAACUGGAACUGGCUGAACUUAAGACACGCAGGCACCCUAUGCUCCCUCUGGAAGCCCAGAAAAAAAAAGACCGUUUUCAAGUCAGCCUAUACAAAUAUAUCUUUGAUGCCAUGGUUCAAGGGAAAGUGACCAGUGCUAGCCUAAUCCACCACACAAAAAUAUGUCCAGAUAAGCCACUGGGACCUUCAGUGCUGAGGCAAGCCCGGCAAGGGGGCUUCUCUGUGAAGUCCUUGGGUGACCUUAUGGAGCUAGUUUUCUUGUCUCUAACACUGUCUGACCUCCCACUUCUUGAUAUCCUGAAGAUUGAAUAUAUCCACCAAGAGACUACCACUGUGCUGGGUACAGAGAUUGUGGACUUUGAAGAGCAGGAGGUGAAAAGCAAAGUGCAGCACUAUAUGGCCUACUGGAUGGGCCACCGAGAGCCUCAAGGGAUUGAUGUAGAGGAGGCUUGGAAGUGCCGGACAUGCAGCUAUGCAGAUAUCUGUGAGUGGAGGAAGGGCGGUGGGAUGCCCAGCUCCAUUCUAGAGCCCCAGGCCAAAAAAGUGAAAUGAACAGAAGGAUAUGCCUUCAGGAACUUUGAUCCUUCCUGCUCCUAAUAUACUCAGCAGAAUAAAAGAGGGCCAGUCUUUGAGCUUGGCUCUCACGGAGAGUGUUCUUAUUUUGGAUCUUUUUAUAUUUCCUCAAACUCUGAUGACUAAAAUCAUGACCAAGAUUCAGGAGUGAGUGGGAGGAAUCUGGGAUUAUAUGGUCUCUGGAACUGUGUGUGAAUUGCCAAGAAGACAGUUGCUCAUCAUGACUGGAACAAAAGGUAUCCUUUAGCCAUCAUUGCUUUCCUAAGAAGAUUCUAAAAUUUCUAUUAAGUCUCUUCCCUAUUUUUUUUUCUUAGUCAAAGCUUUCUGCAUUUUAUAUAAUAAAAUAAAAUGAAAUGCUGUCCAGGUCAGUUGAACUGA